AUUUUUAGUGAGAGAGUCUGCCUUCUUAGAUCUCCAUGGAUUGAGAGCGUGUACAGCCAGAAACAGAAAUUCACCGAGGAUGAAGACUGUUCUUACCCGUGGAGUGAUGGGUGGCGACACGGCACAUACAUCCCGUUAAUCGUGAAAGAUGAUAAAAUACGGAGAAUAUGUUCCGAGGACUAGAAACCUACAUGGAGUCCGGACGGUGUGUUUCAACGCAGCUGGGCACACAUUGCUACAGAAAUUAAUAUUGUUUUCUUGGCAACCGAAGAAGAUGAAGAAAUGGGCUUUGAUGAGAGCGCUGCAGUACAUCGCAGCCGAGCGUGAAUUUUGACGCUAUGUAUUGUGCCAUGAACACUAGAUUUAAUUACAUAGAAAUAAUACGUCAACUAUAUUUAAAGUGGCAUUUUUUCCCUUCAUUAUUGGGCGAGCCUUUGGCAUGGCAGCCUUUGGUGGUACAGAUUCCUACCCGGCUCUUAUGGAUGACGAAUGUAAGAGGCUUAGGACAGGCUACCUCGACCAGAUGAAUCUUGACAACGGGAAAGUUAGAAAGAGAUGGGUUAUAUUCCAGGGAAAUCAACAAAGUGGUCUGUUUCAAGUGAAAAUCUACAAAAACGAAAAGGAGAAAAUCCUCAAGAGUUCCUUCACACUGACCAAGGAGACAUUGGUCGGCACCGAGAGGGGAGCCCUACAGAAGCCGAAGAGGAAGCGAGAAAACUCGGCAUACUGGGCCGUGAUUCUCGUCACAGACACGGUAGUGUUCCAGGAGCCAGUGCCGUGUGAUGAUGGUGGGAUUGGGAUGGAACUACGCUCGUGGGACACAGUGGUCAAGUCUUACUUUAACAAUGAAAGCUGGGUGGUGAAAACAUUAAAAGGCUUUGUAGCACCCGAGUUCCAGAUGACCCUCCACGUAACCCGCCAUGCCCUAAGUCUAGUGACCAUGAACCCACCGAAAUGUUGCAAGCGCUGGGAGCUGAGUAAGAUCUCUAACUACUGGUCCAGGGAUGGUAUAUUCUUCUUCAAGGUUGAUGCUGGGCUAAGCGGCGAGGCAGAUUUUGAGAUGAAGGCCGAGUCCGAAGCGCAUGCGCGACGCAUGCGUAUGUGCCUGGACAGAGAACUUGUCGGCCCGAGCAGCAUACGACCACAGAGCCUUCAUUCAGACCAACCACCGUUACCCAGUGAUAGAGCGCCCUCUCCUGAGAGGUACACUCCAUCACCAACUCUUCAGAAAAAGUUCCCGAUAUCGGCAACCCUUCUCAGCCCAGAGGACAUCUGAGCUUAUCUUCAAGUUACUUUCGACUUCCUAGUACCCAUCAUGGUGCGGCCAUCUUGAUUUUAUCCCAUUCAAAUCAAUGUAUUCAGACUGAGCCUCGAAGGAGCAUUAGUCUGGUUCCUUUUUGAACAAUGACUAAAAGGUUGUAUUACUAUAAUGGAAUACAGGGAACAGGACCAAAAUUGUGGCAGCUGGAUGACUGUCUAUAUAAAGUGUACAAACCACAAAACUAAAUCUCUAAAUUAGACCGAACACAGCUUGGAAAGCACCAUUUUGAAGCAAAGUUCCAAACAGACAACAUACGUUUCUGUUGAUGUUUUUGUUGAUGUUUUGGUGUUUAUACACCCUAUGGGACUGGAUUGGUGUCCACCAACUGGCUUUUGUGCAUCCAUCUCAUUUACUCUUCCAUUAAAGUCACUGGAACCAAAUCUAGGCUUGAAUGUAGUUCAAGGCCCCUGAACUACUUUUCGUAUCCAAUUCUAGUAUAGAAUACAUGGAAUAUUAACAGAACACGACAAGAUGGGUGCAUGCAAUACCACCGAAUGUCUUCAGAGGAUAAAAUAUAUUGUGCAGUUUGUUGUUGAGCUAAGAAAAAUGUUAGCAAGGCACCGUUUGCAACCAGGGCUCAAGUUCAUAGAGCUGCUUUAACACAAGAAGUAGCUUAGUACAAACAAUUUUUGCCUACCAGGAUAAGGUUACCAGCCAAACUACCAUGUCACAAGCAAAGUUUGUGACUGGUAUUCUGCUCAUUUCUGCUUGGCAGAAAAUUGCUCAGCAAUAUUUUGGGCUUAAGCAGCCCUAUGAAAUUAGGCCCAGUGUUUUCUAAACUAGGGCUUGGGAAUGGCCUCUAGCCACCUGUUACAAUAACACAAGCCCUGUAAUUAAAGAAAGUGCAUGUUUUCUACAAAACUGACGAAGCCAUACCAUGGUUUUACAAAGGGCAAUAAUGCCAUGCCAUCGGCCUGCUUUGAUCAUGACGAUAAUGCCCCUAGAAAUAUUUUUUAUCAGCUGAAAAUACUAUAAUAAAAAAUAUAAAAAAAUUGUAAGAAAGAGAAUGCUUGCUCAUUUCUUUGUUUUGGUUGUAAA